AAGCAGACGAACAUUUAAGCAGCUGAUCCAUGUAAAUAUUUACACUUUCAAUUGUUUGUAAUAAUGUUAAAGUUUCUGCCAAUUAUUAAUGUUACUAAACAAUUUAAGACAACAAUAAAAAAAUUAAUUCGACAAAGUUCUAGUGUAACAGAAAAUAAUUCUUCGAAAUUACAUUGGAAUGAUAAAUCGAAUCUUUAUAAACAACUUUAUUCAAAAAUAUUAACAUGCGGACCAAUAAGUGUAGCUGAUUAUAUGAAGGAAGUAUUAACAAAUCCAAUUGAUGGUUAUUAUAUGAAAAAAGAUGUUUUUGGUGAAAAAGGAGAUUUUAUUACUUCGCCGGAAAUUAGUCAACUUUUUGGUGAGAUGAUUGGUGUUUGGAUAUUACACGAAUCGAGAAAAAUUAGUAAUAAACCUUUUCAGCUUGUUGAAUUAGGACCCGGAAGAGGAACAUUAUCCAAUGAUAUUCUCAGGGUUUUCAGACAGCUUCGUUCUGCUGAUAAAAUAUCGUUGCAUUUAGUUGAAAUUAGUCCCAAACUUUCGGAAAUUCAAGCAAAAAAUUUAUGCACUUCUUGUGAGGAAUUAACACCGAAUAUAAAUUCAAAAAUAAAAAAUGCUAUCGGACCUUAUAAACAAGGUGUCACAAAAGAUGGAAUAAAAGUAUUUUGGUAUUAUUCCGUCAAUGAUAUUCCACAAUCAUUCAGUGUAAUUUUAGCACACGAAUUUUUCGACGCUCUACCAAUUCAUAAAUUUCAGAAAUCUAAUAAAGGAUGGCAUGAAAUACUAAUUGAUAUUGAUUCAAAUUCUUCUAAACAAGAAAAAUUUCGAUACGUUCAAACAAAAGGAGCCACAUUAGCCAGCAAUUUGUAUCUUGAGAAAAAUGAAACAAGAUCACACGUUGAGGUAAGUCCACAAACAAUGGUUAUAAUUGAUAAAAUUUCAAAUUUUCUAAUUCGAAACGGUGGAUUUGGAUUAAUAAUUGACUAUGGACAUAAUGGCGAGAAAACCGAUACUUUUCGUUCAUUUCACGAACAUAAACAACAUGAUCCACUUUUAAAUCCAGGAACAGCUGAUUUAACAGCUGACGUUGAUUUUUCUCAAAUAAAAAAAAUAGCAACAAAAAAUAAUCGAUUAGUAACAUUUGGACCAAUUAAUCAGGAAAUAUUUUUAAAACAAUUGGGCAUUGAAGUGAGAUUACAAAAAUUAUUGCAAAAUACCACAGAUAAUGAGAAAAAAUCUAUAAUUGCUGGUUAUCGUCAAAUUAUCGAUCCUAAUGAAAUGGGAUCGAUAUUUAAAGUAUUUUCAAUGUUUCCAUCAGUUUUAAAGCAACAUUUGGAAAGAUGGCCUGUAUCAGGUUUUAUGAAAUAAAUUCCGAGUACUGUACAAAAAAAAAAGUCAUUGACAUUUCUUUCAAUUUAAUGUUUUUUUAGUUAUUAAUACA